AUGCUACUGAGACCUAUAAUCCGUCCCCACUACGAACCAACUCCCCUGCAACCAUACAAGGCAUUCCCAACCUCGUCCCCUCGCAGAAAGACAUGCUUCGUCAAACCCGGCAAGAAGGGCGGUGACGAUGCAUCCAAGAUUUUACGUGCCUUUAAGAAGUGCAACAAUGGAGGUACCGUGGUCCUUGACCAGGAGUACACCAUCUGCACCCAGCUAGACUUGAGAUUCCUCAAGCAUGUUGAUAUUGCCUUGACUGGAACUGUCAAAUUCUGUGAUGACGUUGAGCGUUGGCUUCCCCGGACUUUUCAGUUUCCAUUCCAAGAUGGCUCUUCUUGGUGGCUGUUUGGUGGUGAGGACAUUAAUAUUUAUGGAGCUGGCACAGGAACCAUCGACGGCAACGGCCAAGCUUGGUACGAUGCCCACGCCGCAGACAGCAAAGUCAAACGUCCGCUUCUAUUUGUGACAGACGGUUGGGAGGGAGGUUCCAUCACUGGUCUCAAGCUUCGGCAGUCUCCCAACUGGCACAAUCUCAUCGCCAAUAGCUCAGACAUUCUCAUUUCUGACAUUGAUAUUUUCUCUCGUUCAACAUCAAAGAAUUUUGCCAAAAACCUCGACGGCUGGGACACAUACCGAUCAGACAACAUCGUCAUCCAAAACUCUUACAUUGACCAUGAUGAUGACUGCGUAUCAUUCAAGCCCAACAGCACCAACAUCAUCGUCCAAGGGCUUGUCUGCAACUCAUCCCACGGCAUUUCUGUAGGCUCUCUUGGGCAGUACCCAGGAGUCUUUGACAAUAUCGAGAACCUGUACAUCUACAACAUUUCUAUGAGCAACGCAACAGAUGGUGCUCGUCUCAAAGUCUGGCCCGGUGCUGAUGUCCAAAAGCCUGAGGGGUGGAUCGGUGGCGGCGGUGAAGGACGUGUACGAAACGUCACUUACGAGCGUUUCUUCAACGACAACAACGACGGCGCAAUCAAAAUUGACCAAUGCUACGGUGCCGUCAGCGCCGCCGAGUGCGAAGCCGACCCAUCAAAGGUGAUUCUCACAGACAUUCUGUUCAAGGACUUUUGGGGCACAGUGUCAAAGAAGAAUGACCCUGUAGCUGGAUCUCUCAUCUGCAGUUCUGAAGAUUCCUGCGACAAUAUCCGAGCUGAGAACGUCACCGUCACACCCCCAAGUGGUAAGGAUGCCAAGUGGGCAUGUCGGAACAUGGAUGAGGAGUUGCUGGACUUGAAUGGAGUCGGGUGUGUAGAUGCUUAA